ACCUUUUCUCUUCCUCCAUCACUUUACUCUCUUUCCACAUUCUUGCUCAGACUAACAGUGUGCGAGAGGCGAAGCUACGAGAAGUGACUAAUGGGAGAGGGGAAGAGCUCGACGCUCGUCCACAUUCUCGUGGUGGUUCUUAGCCUCACGGCCUUCGGCUUUGCCAUCGCCGCCGAGCGGCGUCGGAGCACUGGUAAGGUAAUUACGGAUAUCUCAAACCAUAAUAUAACCUAUUGUGUUUAUGAUUCGGAUAUUGCAACGGGUUAUGGAGUCGGAGCUUUCUUGUUCCUCUUUUCCAACCAAGCUCUUCUCAUGGGUAUCACAAAGUGCAUGUGCUUCGGCCGACCGUUGGCUCCUGGUAGUAACAGAGCUUGGACCAUUAUUUAUUUUGCUUCUUCAUGGCUAACUUUCCUGAUAGCUGAGUCAUGUCUGAUUGCUGGAGCAACAAAGAACGCCUAUCACACUAAGUAUAGGCAUGUAAUCUAUGUGCAGAACUGGACCUGCGCUUCACUGCGCAAAGGAGUCUUUAUAGCCGGAGCAGUAUUUGUGGUUUUCACCAUGGUGCUUAAUGUGUACUAUUAUAUGUACUUUGCGAAGGCGCUGAAUCAGACUGCUCGGAAAACUGAACGUGUGAAUUCAAGCAUUGGAAUAACUGGUUACAAAUGAGCUCAACCAAAUCACUAUAAUUUAAAACACUAAGGUAUUGUCACCUAUAAAAAGGGUAUAUAUUAUUGCUUCCUUCCAUGUUUUAUCGUAUAAUUUGUACUAAAUUAUUUCAGGUUAGUGCUAGUUUUUUUUUUUUUUUUACUUGGAU